AUGAAAAACAAGGUGUACGCCACCAUGGACGAAGUGGUGGCCGACAUCCCCGAUGGCUCGACGAUCAUGUGCCCGGGGUUCUCCGGUGUGGGCGUUCCCCGCAACCUGCUGGCGGCGGUUAACCGGCAGGGCGCCAAGGAACUGACCUGCAUCUCCAACAAUGCUGGCACUCUGGACGAACUGGUGGACGUUGGCACCCUGGUGGAGGCGGGACAGGUCAAGAAAAUGAUCUGCGCCUUCACCGCGCCCACGCAUCCCUCGAUGGUCACGCCGUUCGUCCAGAUGUACAACGAGGGACUUGUGGACGCCGAGCUGGUGCCGCAGGGCACGCUGGCCGAGCGCAUCCGCAUUGCGGCCGCGGCAUCGGCGGCUUCUUCACGCCCACCUCGGUGGGUACCGAAUUGGCCGAGGGGAAGGAGCACCGCGAGAUCAACGGACGGACCUACGUGCUGGAGUAUCCCAUCCACGCCGACUACGCGCUGGUGCGGGCCUGGAAGGCCGACAAGUUCGGGAACCUGCAGUUCCGGCUGUCGCAGCGCAACUUCAACCCGAUCAUGGCCAUGGCCGCCAAGACGACCAUCGUUGAGGUCGAGAACGACGUCGUUGAGAUCGGAGAGAUCGAUCCGGACCAUGUGCACGUCUCCGGGAUAUACGUUGACCGCAUAG